AUGGAUGGUAAUAGCGAAAGUAAUCCCAUUUCUGUUACUGUAGUGCUGGUUAUGAGGACCAAAAGCAGGAAAAGCCCUGCAAUUCAGCUUGAUUACACAAUCUAUAUUCAGGAGAUUAAGCCCUGGCCCCCAUCACAGUCACUGAGAACACUUCGUUCCGUUCUGAUUCAAUGGGAACAUGGUGAUAGGAUUUCUGGGAUUACUAACCAAGUUGUCCCUUCACUUGGGACUGGAUCUAGUGCAGCUGAUGGAAGAAUUGAAUUCAACAAGUCUUUUAGGCUUCCUGUGACACUAUUGAGAGAAAUGUCCAUUAAAUGUGGGAAUGGAGAUACUUUUCAGAAGAAUUGCCUCGAGUUCAAUCUAUAUGAACCUCGGAGUAAUAAGAUGGUGAAAGGUCAGCUGUUGGGUAUUGCUGUUGUGGACUUGGCAGAUUACGGUGUUGUUAAAGAGAGUCUGAGCAUUAGUGUUCCCGUUAACUGUAAGCGGACAUAUAAGAACACUGCACAACCACUUCUCUUCCUUAAGAUUCAGCCAGUUAAGAUGAGAGGAGCUUCAGUGCACAGGAAUAAUAGUGAUUCUGUUUCUUCAUUGCUGAGUGAAGAAUAUGCAGAAGAAGCUGAUUCAGCCUCGUUUACUGAUGAUGAUGUUUCCUCACGCUCUUCGCUGACUGUUUUGUCUUCAGUUGUUGAAUCAAACGGCUGUUCAGCUCAUCAGAAAGUGAAUGGAAAACUGGGAGGGAAUGGCAGUAUUGUAGAUGCAAAAGUUGACCAUUUCCGAGAUUCAAAACACCAUGUCGCCAAAUCACAUAAGGAGCAAGUGAGUAUAGAGAGGUUAUCUUGUUCCUCAUCAAUAGAUUUAUCCUCUGAUCUUUCGUGGAUCUCAAAGAAAAUUACUGCUCGAAGUUUGCAGUCCUCUUCAACUGAAGCAUCAGAGAGAGAGAAGAAUUUUAACUUGAGAAGCCACAGGCAUGAAAAACAAUCAACGAAUAUUCAGGAAAACAAUGUUGCAAGUGACAUAAAAAUUGAAUGCUCCAAAGGAAGAAUAUUUAGUGGUAUUAUUACCAAAGAAACCCAUGCGAAUUUAGAUAGCCAGGCAGAUGAAGAUUUGGACUUUGUCGAAUCUCAUUGCAGUAGUAAUGGUGAUGAUAUUGUAUCACCUCUCAGCGUAGACGAUCCUAAUUAUUUUCGAAGAAGUGGUGUCACUCAUAAUGGUUUUAAAAAGGCUGAGGUCCCAGAAAAUCAUCAAGAAUAUGCACAAGAAACAGAAAUUACAGAAGAGAAUGCGAAAUGCAUUGAAGAUGAUCUGUUGAAUAGUUCUUCUCAAGAUGAUGUUCAAAAUCAAGUCUCAGUUGGUAAUGGAGAGCUUUCUUCCAGUAAAGAGAAUCUUCUGUUUAACAGAAAUUUACCAAAUACUGAUGAUAGAUCAAAUCAUGGGAAGUCUGUUCAAUCAACAACAGACUCGUACAGAAACAACAGUUCUGUUCAGGUUAAUCAAUAUUUUGUGGCAGAGAGUGAUAUAACUCGAGGAUUUUUAGGGAGAAAACCAAAAGAUGCUAAGAUGCCUUCAAAGGAAUCAAGAAAUCACUUUUCAGAGAGUAGAAUUCAGCAUUUGGAACACAAAAUAAAGAUGUUAGAAGGAGAACUGAGAGAAGCUGCUGCUAUGGAGGUUAGUCUUUACUCAAUAGUUGCAGAGCACGGAAGUUCCAUGACUAAAGUACAUGCUCCAGCUCGACGCCUCUCAAGGCUCUAUCUUCAUGUGUGCAAACAGAAUUCAAAAUCAAGAGCAUGCAGUGUGGCUAAAAGUGCCGCAUCAGGAUUACUUUUAGUUGCAAAAGCAUGCGGAAAUGAUGUUCCUAGAUUAACUUUCUGGCUGUCAAAUUGCAUUCUACUGAGAGCAAUUAUAAGCAAUUCAUUUGGAAAAAGUCAGUUACCUGUUUCUGUUCGACCUGUCACUGGAAAGGUGGGGUAUAGGAAUGGCAACAAGAAGCCAUCAGCACUAAUAUGGGGGUCCAUUUCCAGCAAGGGUACAAGAAUUGCUACCGAGGAAAGUUUCAAUAACUGGGAGAACCCCCUUAUAUUUGCUGCUGGACUUGAAAGGGUUGAAGCAUGGAUAUUUUCUCGAAUAAUUGAGUCUAUUUGGUGGCAGACUUUCACUCCACAUAUGCAGUCCGGUGCUGCUAAAGCAAUUCGUAAAAGUAUGAAUUCUGACAAAAGUAGAUUAUAUGGAAGGACAUCUAGUUCAGCCAAUCAAGAACAGGGUAAUUUUUCUUUGGAACUUUGGAAAAGGGCCUUCAGGGAUGCUUGUGAUAGGAUUUGUCCUGUUCGAGCUGCAGGACACGAGUGUGGAUGUUUGCACAUGCUUUCUAGAAUGAUAAUGGAGCAAUGCAUUGCCAGAUUGGAUGUAUCAAUGUUUAAUGCCAUCCUUCGUAAAUCUGCUGACGAAAUUCCAACAGAUCCUGUUUCCGACCCCAUUAGUGAUUCUGAGGUUCUUCCUAUUCAGGCAGGGAGCGCUAGCUUUGGGUCCGGUGUACAACUGAAAAAUGUGGUGAGUUAUUUCUUACACAAUGAAGGAUGGCAAAAAACCCGUCCUGCCCCGCUACCCCAAAUGGGUUGGCGGGGUGGGGCAAGGCAUGGGCGGGACAAGGCGAGGAUGCCCAGCCCCAAACCCGCCCCGGUUUGGGCCAAACGGGCGCGGGGUGGGGNCCCUGGAGUUUUACUUGACGCCUUGAAUUCAGAGGAUCCCCUCGAGGCCGAGGAAGAUUCUUUUAUAAACUUCCCGUGUGCUGCAGCCCCUAUCGAAUAUAUGGCACCUUCGGUUUCUUCUGUUACUGUAAUUCUACAUGAGUUCGGUAGCUACUCUUCAGUGCUCAAGAAAUCACACACUAGUGACGACGAGCUCGAUGAACUGAAUUCGCCUUUAAGAUCCAUAAUCACCAACAGUUUUCACUCUUCACGUUCUUCGGCAGAGCCCGACUGGAAGUUGAAAGAAAGUGGAAGUCAAAAUGCUGUGAGGUAUCAACUCCUCCGGGAAGUAUGGCUGAGCAGUGAAUGA